CUAAAUAAAUUGAAAGAAUCACGAAAAGGACCGUCGUUAUAAAUCUUAUUAUUAUCUUAUUAUAAUAACGGAAAUAACAUGGAGAACCAGGAAUCUGAAUCAUCGAGACCGGCUGAAACUCAAACCUCACGAAAUAACUCAACUGACAACGAAUAUGAAGUCAGGAGAAGACGUAUUGCAAAGGUUUUCAUGGAAGCGUAUGGAGGGGACAUCCUAAAGUACCGGAAGAUUGACCCGAAGAAGCUUGAGGAGAUGCAGAAAAAACGUGAAGAAGAAGCCGAGGCAAAGGCCAGCUCACCUUACAACUUCCAAACAGUAUUCUGGAUUCUUUCGUCGAUGGCUAUCUUCAAAUUAACUGACUUCCUUCCUGCUAUUCUUUAUAAUUCUGCUGUAAAUCGGACGUGGCUGUAUGUUGGUGUUUGUUUCCUCGGUGUAAACUUGAUCAUUGCCCUCUACCUCAUUGUUGUGUGCUCAUGGAUAAGAAAGAUCAACGAUUGGGAGAAACAUUGUCCAUGUGCCAUACCCAUUGCAACAUGUUCCUUCGUUGCUGGGACUCUAUGUCUCAACAUAGCUCUGUGGCCUGUGUAUGGAUUCCUGACACCUGUAUUUCUCUUCACUCUCUUCAUGGGUUUCGUAGUCCUUGUCAGUCUCCUACCGAAUAGCAUUCGGCAGGGGGUAGUUAUCUGAUCAAUUCUAUCUUUCAUCUUGCUUUCUCUCUCUCUCUCUCUCUGUGCUUAUAAAAUCUCUUAAGUCUUUUAGGGAUUUUUCAUAUCUCUUUAAAUAUUAACCCACAUUUCAUCUUCCGGCUUCAGCCUCUCAGCUGUUUACUCUGCACUUUGCUCAUUGAUUGGUGUUUUGCUCUCUUAAUUAAUAGUCGUUUACUAGUAGUGGUACAAAAUUUGAGAAGAGCCAUACUAAAGCUUUUCGUUUUGCACUCUUCAGAGUUUGACGCACAAAUGAAUGGAAGCAAACACAACAAAAAAAUAUAACAAAGGGCGCGUAGGCAGACUGGCGCGAAAUAGUGAGCGCUGAUUGACUAUUUAAGUCCUAACGGUAAAUUAUUUAUGUUUUUUUUUUCCCAUCGGACUCGGGGCAAGACUAAUUUACCGUUAGGACUUAAAUAGCCAAUCAGCUCUCACUUUUUCGCGCCAGUCUGCCUACGCGCCCUUUGUUGUAUUUUUUUGUCGUGUUCGCUUCCAUUCAUUUGUGCGUCAUACUCUGAAGAGUGCACAACGAAUGGCUCUUCUCUUAAUUAAUCGUAACAAACUCCAUUUAUUGAUUGAUCCACUGAUUAGAUACACUGUUAUAGGAAAACAAUGUUUCAUAACAUAUUAGGGGCUAUUUCUCAUCUCAAAAGGAAGAUGUUUAAUUUCCAAAUUGCCAAGCUGUGAAAUCCAGAUAUUCGUGAAAUGGAAAUAUAGGACCCUCCAAGAUGUGUAGUGUACAGUAACUGCCAAUAAUACUGUGACCAUUUUCAAGCACAUCAUUUUCUAUUCAUGAAUUCACUAGUAUUCAUGUAGACACUGAGGGAAAUAUGAAUAACAUGCUUCAAGAACCAAUUUGGUUGCAAAUUGGUGGAUUUCUCAGGAUUUCAUUUUACUGAAUGAAAAAAUGAAAAUGUUGAAAUUAAAAAAGAACAUCCAGGAGCGGUGUUUUGGGAUGCAGACAAAUGAUGACAAUAAUUGAUGUUUAUCAAUCUGUUAAACCCCACUCCUAAAUGUCGAGAGUCCCUAUUCUUUCCCUUGCACACUUACAUGUAUUAUGAAAUCCUAUUAGUAUGCAUUUGAAGUUUCAGGGUGCAUGCAGCAUGCAGUGACUUAUGUCCUCUUACUAUUGUUGGUUGUGAAAUUUUGCAGUGAGAUCUGUCUCUGUUAUGGUGAUUGGUAUUAGGAAAGAUCAGAUAAUAAUAAUAACGUAUAGCAUUUAUGAGCCACCGAUCAUCUAGUUUCCUAUUCAAUGGGGCACUAUAUUUUACCCCGGCUUGAGCACAGCUGUUAGAGUUGCUUGGUGCAUUCUAGGAAUUAAACCUGCCAGGUACCCAUACACCUCACCUGGGUCAAGUGCAGCACAGUGCGGAUGAAUUUCUUGCUGGAGGAUAUUACGCCAUGGCAUGGGAUUUGAAAUCACAGCCGUCCGUUUCAAAGACCGGAGACUAAUCAAAUGGGCAACAACGCUCCACAGACAAAACUGGAUUAUCUAUAGGUUAUACAGUAUAUGAAUAGAUGUAGGACCAGUGGGCAAGUGAUUGAUAAGUCUCUAGUAGGACUUAGACCUGAUCUUCUGGACUCCCGUAUUGUCUAAAGCAGCUUGAAAAAGUAGGCUUCCUCCAGUUUGCUGUCUUAGGCCACCUUUGUCUUACAAACAACUGCCACUGGUCAUAACCAGCGUUCGGUCUGUCUGAACGAGCCUGAACUUGUAGUUUUUUAUUUUUAGUUUUGGUUAUUGGUCACAAGAUAAUUCUUUAUAUCUCAUGAUUUUGAAGACACAAUGAUUAACUAAUGGAGCAUGUAAAGUAAAGAGAUAAAUUCAACAAGCUUUUGAUAAAACAGGUGAAGUACCGAACAUACAUGUACAUCUUAGGAUCAGUUGGAUGUUUGAUCAGUUAAUAUCAGCCAAUAAUAAUUUCGUUUUGUAGGACCAAUGAGUGCAUCAGGCUAAGAAAUAUUGAUGGGAUCAAAAUGAUUACAGUGCAUGAAAAUAAUGAUAUUGGUAUUGGUUUAGAUUAUGAGUGGAAUACGAUGUACAUGUAGAUUAAAGGCCAAGUUUACCCCCAAUCAGUGGCGGACCGUGACCCGUAGGAGACAAUGAUUGGAGGGGCACUGUAUUGUUUGUGAACAAUACUGUGCCCCUCCAAUGCUUUGUCUCCUCCGGGUCACGGUCCGCCACUGCCCCCAAUGAAACUUUUAGUUUGUGUGGACUUUACCUUUGAAGGUGAAGACACUCUGGCAUAGGACCAAAGUUACUGUUUUAACACUUCCAUCUCACUGUAAUCAUUUGAAUUAUUUUAACUUUCUAUUUUAACAUUUUCUGUUCAUUCUUGACGUCACUAAUUGUUUCUUUGCACAUUUUACUGGUGGAACAGACAAUUAAUAUUUGCAGUGAAUAAUUCCACUAACAUUGAGUUUGAUGAAUGAAACAUUUUAAUACCAGUACCAACUACUGAGAAAUAUUUUUAUAUUGUGAAUGUAACAACAUGUAUAUAUAGUUCAAUAUGUAUAUCUAAGUUAUUUUCUUUUGUAUUGAAAGAUGUAAAUAUUCUUGUAAAAAGCAGAGGAAUUAUCUUUUUUUUUUUACUUUUGUGCGCAAGACAUAUUAAAUUCUGUUUUGAUAUAACGUUGGGCUUUAAAGCUGAAGGUUUCAUCGGUUUCUAAAAUAAGUAUAUACCUCUUGACAUCGAAAUUGUGAACAUUUUGGGGCCUAGCCUAAUUCAAUGAGGACUCCUUGCAUCAGCUAAAUAAUGCUAAUCCUUGAUUUUUAUUUCCUUAUAAACAUUUUAUGAUAAAAUUUAAUAGACAUUAUGGUGACAUUCCAUUUACAAGUUUAUGCUCUUGAUCUAUCUCUCUUUGUGUACUAUUCAUGUUUACAUUGCCCAGUGUUUUGGUAUUUUAGGAGAAUUCUAUAUUCAGAAUUGUUAAGUAAAAUUAUGAUUUUUGCCAAGCCUUGAUACUGAUUCAUAGAGAUGUCAAUUGACUACCUGAAUUGAACAGGAUCAUUUGGGCCACAGAACAGCAUAACAAUAUAAAGUCAGAGCCGCAUUUUCCAGGCAUGAUAUUCCCCUGUGAAAAAAAAAGCUGAAAAAUAGCCAAGGGUCGCUAUUAAAGUUACUGCCAAAGUCCGAGGCGCCCCGUUCGGGGUUACAAGCUCUUGCAUAGCAAAGAAAAUCGAAAGUGAUUUUUCAAGGUGAGUCUGCAUGAUAGUUUUAUCAUUUGACUUUAAAAGCAGUAAAAACAGCAUGAGAAUGUUCUUGGGCAAAGGAUUUCACGUUUAAGGAAAAAAAAAACUUAUGAAAUUUUUUUUUUAUUAUUUAAAAAAAAAUAUUAAAAAAAAUCAGAAUUCCAAUUUUAAUCGGGAGAAUAUCAUGCCUGAUUUUUUAAAAGGAAUCCAGCAAGGAGUCUUUUCAUUGCUGUUCGCAUUUUGUCAUAGACAUAAUGGGGAAUGAAAGGAAAGUUGAUAUGAGUGGAAUUCCUGAUAAAAGAGGUGGCAAAGACUUUUAUUAUCAAGUUUACUUAAGGGCCGAGUCCACCCCAGAAAAACGUUAAUUUGAAUAAGUAGAGAUAAAUCAAACAAGCAUAACGCUGAAAAUUUCAUCAAACUCGGGUGUAAAAUAAGAAAGUUAAUGACAUUUCAAAGUUUCGUUUAUUUUUCACAAAGCAGUGAUAUGCACAACUCAGUGACAUGAAAAUGAGACAGUCGAUGAUGUCCCUCACUCACUAUUUCUUUUAUUUUUAUUGUUUGAAUUAUACAAUAUUUCUUUUCUACAGAUUUGACAAUAAGGACCAACUUGACUGAACCAUAUAGUAUUAAACAAUGCCAAUUCCACAUGCUCAGGGAGGAAUUAAUCGUUGUUUCACUUGUUAAUGUGGAGAAAAUUAGAAAAUUUCAUAUUAGAUAUAAUAAAAUACAAAAGAAAUAGUGAGGGAGAUCAUCGGCUGUCUCAGUAUCAUGUCACUGAAAUGUGCAUAUCACUGUUUUGUGAAAAAUAGCGAAACUUUAAAAUGUCAUAGCUUUCUUAUUUACAUCCGAUUUUUAUGAGAUUAUGCUAUUCCUCGAAAUAUUCCUCAAAUUUCUGUGUGCACCGAAUAGGUAGCCUAGCUUAGCCGGGAAUAAUAGCAGAGCCCGCUGGGAGAACAGUUUUCGGAACUGAAGUGGCUACCCUGGGUAAAUAUACCUUUAUUAUUAUUAUUAUGCUUGUUGGAUUUUUCUCUUUCUAUUUAAAUCAAGUUUUUGUUGGGGUGGACUUGACCUUUAAAGUCAGAGCUUAUUUUAAGAAAAUCCAUAAAACUCCCCAAUAAAAGAUAAGCCUUCUUUUUUUACUAACAGAGAGGUUAGAAGGCCUCGUCUUUUACCUUGCAUAAACUACGAGCAGGAAUCUGUCAUAUGGAGCAUUGCAAGAAACUUGCGAUCAAUUGCAAGUCUAUUUUCGGUCCCUAAAUUAAUCAUAACUAUUGAAAUUAAUUGCGAAUUUGCGAUUGCUAGCUUAUCUGCUUCUUGAAACAAGCUGUGUAAUCUGGGCCCCGUUGUACAAAGAGUUACGAUUGAUCCAAUCAAUCGCAACUAUGGAAAGCCAGCAAAGUCAACAUAUGAAAUGCAUGUUUAUUCAAAUAAUAUUCUAGAUAUGAAUCCAUAUCCAUAAGUUCAUUGACUUCUUUACAAUUUGGAGUGUUCUCCUUUGAUUACAAAGGACAUUUUGCAAAUUUCCUGUAGAAAAAAUUAUGACACUGAUGGAUUUCCAGAGUUACGAUUGAUCGGAUCAAUCACAACUCUUUGUACAACGGGGCCCUGAUUUGCUACAGUUAAAAUUGAUCUAUCAAUUGUAAAAAUUGCAACAGAAUAUUUGCAAUUGAUUGCAAAUAUUUUGUUGCAACACGCCGAUAGUGUGCAUUCAAAGAAUAAAUCUUAGCAGAUACCCGUUUAGUUCACAUUGGUUGAGGUGAGUGGCACUCAAACUUGUGACCAUCUGGUGAAGCAACUAAGCUAUGAUCCUCCAACUCGUAUGAUAUUCAAUUACACGGUGUAACUAUAUUUUUACAUGGUUCGUUAUUGCCAACUUAAAGAAAUUAUGGUCUGAAGCAGAACUUUAAAUCCAGACAUAAAUAUGAUAAAUAAUUUUGAAAAUUGUCAACUAUCUGAAAUCUGUUUAAGGUUGUGUAUGUUUCAUAUAUUUAUAUAAUAAUUAACAUUGUACUAGAAUGUCAAAUAAUGCGUAUAUUGUCAGAUGUUUAUUUUGAUAUGUCAAGAACCAUAAUAAUCUAGUAAAUGUACAAUCAGUAAUUCUUGGUUGAAUGUUUUUCAUUUUGUAGCAAGUAUUUUACAUUCAUGUAGAUAUUUACAUAAUGGCAGUGUAAUAUUUUGUCAGGUGACCAAAACCGCAAAUCAAAUUUUAGAAGUAAAAUUAUUCCCUGAUGUCCGUAUGUGCCUUAAACAUUUCUUGUUUUUUAAUUGUGUGAUUUGAUGAUUAAUGCAAUGUAUUUAUUUGUUUUGUGCAAUAAAUGCAUUAUUUUCCAGA